CUCCCCUCACUGCAGCGCUGGCCGCGCUCGCCCAUCCAUCAGCCGCCUCCCGCCGCCGCCUGGGCGCAGACUGCCAAGCUCAGCAAGUCUUGCGGCAAAGGCACUUCGCACCGAGUUGGGGCCGGGGCGGAGCGGGGACUCCGGGCCCCGGGGGAACGGACGCCCCUCUGCGCCGUGGCCAGCGCAGCGCCCUUGCAGCCCGCCGCCCCCUCACUUCGGGGACCCGGGAUCCCUCCUGCCUGGCCGCUCCGGUGAUCUCCUCUGCCACCAUGAGGAACAUCUUCAAGAGGAACCAGGAGCCCAUUGUGGCUCCUGCCACUACCACCGCCACAAUAUCAACUGGGCUCUUAGACAACUCUACCGAGAGUGGGGGCGCUGGGGAGAGUAAGGAGGACAUUGCCACGAUAAAGGACAAAUUCUUCAAUGAGAUCCAGAAGAUCCCCUUACCUCCCUGGGCACUGAUCGCCAUUGCCGUGGUCGCGGGCCUCUUGCUUCUCACCUGCUGCUUCUGUAUCUGCAAGAAGUGCUGCUGUAAGAAGAAGAAGAACAAGAAGGAGAAAGGCAAAGGCAUGAAGAACGCCAUGAACAUGAAGGACAUGAAAGGGGGUCAGGAUGAUGACGACGCAGAGACCGGCCUGACUGAGGGAGAGGGUGAAGGAGAGGAAGAGAAAGAGCCAGAGAAUCUGGGCAAACUGCAGUUUUCCCUGGAUUAUGAUUUCCAGGCCAACCAGCUCACCGUCGGCGUUCUGCAGGCUGCCGAAUUGCCCGCCCUGGACAUGGGAGGCACUUCAGACCCUUAUGUCAAAGUCUUCCUUCUUCCAGACAAGAAGAAGAAAUAUGAGACCAAAGUCCAUCGGAAGACCCUGAACCCUGCCUUCAAUGAAACUUUCACUUUCAAGGUGCCAUACCAGGAGCUAGGAGGCAAAACCCUGGUGAUGGCCAUCUACGACUUUGACCGCUUCUCCAAACACGACAUCAUCGGAGAGGUAAAGGUGCCUAUGAACACCGUGGACCUUGGCCAGCCCAUCGAGGAGUGGAGAGACCUGCAGGGCGGGGAGAAGGAGGAGCCAGAGAAGCUGGGCGACAUCUGCACCUCCCUGCGCUAUGUGCCCACAGCCGGGAAACUCACUGUCUGCAUCUUGGAGGCCAAGAACCUGAAGAAGAUGGACGUGGGCGGCCUUUCAGAUCCCUACGUGAAGAUCCACCUGAUGCAGAACGGCAAGAGGCUCAAGAAGAAGAAGACGACGGUGAAGAAGAAGACGCUGAACCCCUACUUCAACGAGUCCUUCAGCUUUGAGAUCCCCUUUGAGCAGAUUCAGAAAGUCCAGGUGGUGGUCACCGUGCUGGACUAUGACAAGCUGGGCAAGAACGAAGCCAUUGGCAAGAUCUUCGUGGGCAGCAACGCCACGGGCACGGAGCUGCGGCACUGGUCCGACAUGCUGGCCAACCCCCGGAGGCCCAUCGCCCAGUGGCACUCACUCAAGCCUGAGGAGGAGGUGGACGCGCUUCUGGGGAAGAACAAGUAGGCAGCAGUGGCCGGGAGCCCGCGCCGUGACAGACACUGACAAGAUCCAGAGCUAUCAAUACCUCAGUUAUGCGACCUUAGAGGUUUUCUUUCUCAUUUGUUUGUGGUUGUGUCCUUGUUUUUCCUUCCUUCAUCUCUUUUUAAAGACCAACUUCCCUCUGAAGGCUGUGUGAGGAGAGUCCCCUAACAGGUGAAAGAGAAGCCUGGCUCUUUUCAUCGUCCCAGGAGCUGUCCUUGCUGCAUGCCCUGUCACGUUUCCCUCUCACUCCUUCAAAGCUUCUCUGAAGCCUCACCCUGAGUGAGGCCCUCUUCUGGCAGAAAGUCUCAGCACUUCCUGUUUUUCGAGCGUUCUGGACCAACAAAAUGGCAGCACAUCCUGUUUCCUGACAGGAAAGGCAACACAGUGGCCUACGAUGUGUGUGUGUGUGUGUGUGUGUGUGUGUGUGUGUGUGUGUGUGUUUGAGUAUCUCUCUGCAUUCCUGGAAUGAGCCAUGGACAGUGAAGUUGUGUGGGAAGAGAAGGCUCUUCAGGGACUCUGAAAUGAAGAGACAUCCACUGUCUAAGUGGAAGAUCUGUCAGCUCGUGGAGAGGGCUCAGAAUCCUGGCCAGAUGCCAGAAACUCCCAUACUCCUUGUGGGUGGGUGUGGGAGGCAAGAUGUGGAGACUGGAUUUGUCCAGAACUAGGACCAAACCCCUGAUGCCAUCAUAGACUUCCUCCUGUCAGGCAUGGUUUCCCCACAAGUAUGGUUUCUGGGACAUUCAUGGACAUGAACUAUUACUAGAUCGGUCAGGCUCUAACAAGGGACCAUCACUCCUGGGAUCUCACUGUUGUUGACAGUUAACAUCAAACUAUGAAGAAACAAAGACCCAUUACCUAGAAAGACCAAAUGAAACUCCUGGAUCUUCUUCAGUCCCUUCCAGUGGGAAACACAGAUGCUUUCUCCCUUUCCAGAAUAUAAGCUAUGCGGUUGAUUUGCAUUGAUUCCCCAUCAUGCCUUUGCUUCUGUUUUCUCUUUUAAUCUAAGUGGAGCAAUGCUAUCUGAAGACUGUUAUCUGUACAGAGCCAGAGAACUCUUAAAAGGAAGGUUUAAGUAUUCUUAGUUCCCCUGAGGUCCAGGUAAGAAGGGGGACGAUGGUGGACAGAUGGCAGAGAUUUCCCGGAUGAGACGGGUGGGGGUGCUGAGAGUCCCCCCCAGCACCCACUCCUCUGCCUUCCAUGCCAGACAGCUUAUGGGUAGCUGGCGUGGCCCAGGGAGACCUGUGGGGAGCCCCAUCCUACCAUUUCUUAGGGAGGCUUCUCUCUAUGAAAGCCAAGAAGCAGGAUAUCCAUUCUAAAUGGGAGGUGGAGAACAGCUGUGGGGGUUUCUACCCCACGCUCCAUUGUGUCCCAUUCCUUCUUCACCUUUUGUCCCCAACACUGAUAAAAAGCCAUAUAUAUGUUAGUCAAGUUUGCACUGAGCCUCCUUCCAAACACUCAGCCUGGGCAAGAAGUUAGGCCCCACACGGCCUGAGGUUAGCGCCACUUCCUUCCACCCUUUUCUCCCAUCCUUGCCUCCCUUCCUUCAGCCUUCAGCCUCUCUCUUCCAACCAUGAAGCCCUGAGGCCCUUGUCAUCUCUUCACCACAGAAUACUCACAGCUUCCUCAGAACCUUGGGGAUCUCCCUCUUUCCUGGCAAAAAUGGCAGCACUUCCUGUCAUGCCCCAUCUGGGCCACCUCAGCUUCCUCUAGGUACCUGGGACAGAUGGACAGUGUUAGAGAAAAUCAGGCUAUGAGGAUCCACAUGAAGAAGGUGCAGAGUGUCUUUUUAUUUUCUUAAAAGAAAGGUUUUUUGUUUCUGUUGUGCCAACUUUUUUUGUUUAGAGUUGGGGACGAGGGAACACUUCCACCAGAAACAGACUGCGAAGCAGGGCUCAAGCCUUGUUCAUCUCUCAGAGACCCUUCUCCUUGCUAGUGGCCCUUGGUACAUGGGAGAUUGUAUUUUACUGGACCCUGUGUGAGUGUGGGUGUGUACUCAAUGAUGAGAAGGUAGGGCUCUGACAAGGACUGUGAACUUUGGACCUUGGGACCAGAGUUGUGGUCAUAGUAGAGAGUUGUAGGAAAAUAGGGUGCCUUCAGAAUCUGGCUGACAGCAGUGUAGGAUGUCCUGGUGUGGACAUCCGAAGUCACUGGACUCUUCUCCCAUCCCCAGAGCUGUGGGAUUUUGGUGCUUUCUCAGGUCUCUCUCCCCGCUCUAUCCCACCAUCCUUGUUCAUAGGACCUCCCUGUCGAUCUCAUCUUCCUUACCUCCAUUCUUUGCCCUCUCCUGAUGUACUUUCUACCCCCUGAGAUUCUUCUGUGCCCAUGAACCUCAUUUAGCCCUUCCAGAGCCCGAGAUUUGCCCGCUCCAUUUGAUGGGGAGGAGAGGAAAUGGUGGUACCUCUAGUGGUUUGGGUGAUGUUCCAGAAAGAAGACAGGGGCUGGAUUUUGUUACUCUGGACCCCCCUCUAGUGAGCAGGCUUGAGGGGUGGGGACAUGUUGCCGAGAGACUGGGUGUUGGCACCAGUGUGACCCAGGGAGAGACCUGAGUGUCUCUCUGGCAACAGUUCCCCCCUCCCAUCCGCCUAGGUUCCUGCCGGUCCUUGGAUGGGCUCUUGGCCAAGAGGAGCCAUCCUAGCGAGGGCCUCUAUCCAGGUCUAUGAACUAGGCUGGUAAACAUACUUACGCUUGUAAGUUUUCCACACCUGAGAGAGGAUGUUACCCGAAGCUCGGAGCAUUGUUCUGAACCCUCACUGCUAAGCAGGUUUAUUUCUGGGGAUGUUAGGAUGCUGGCAUGCAAGCCCUAAGUAGGACAGUUAGGGUCUGGCUAGGAGUGAGGGGUUCUGGAGGUCUCUUGCGGCUGUGCGUUUUCACGCCCAAAGUCUAUUGCAGACAGGGACCUAGCAUAGGAGUGAUUUUCUUCCAAAGGGACUGAGACCAUCAAGACCCAAACCCAGUCCCACCCCGAGCUGGGGGGAGACCAGAGAACUUGGUCCUCUCCUUUCUUCUUGAAUAGUCAUUCCAGAGGGGAAGCUAACUCUGCCAGAGCCGUAGGCAGAUUUUUGGACUUUGGAAAGCGGAAGCUGAGGUCUGCGGGGAAGUAAGGUAGAGGACGCUCAGGCAGCCCCAGACAGGGAGAAGCGCCCUUGCAGGGAUCCCUCAGCUGGAGGGUGGGCCAGCCGGGAUCAGAGCACAGCCUCAGAUCCUGAUUUUUCUUUUCUUCCCAGGAAACCAUAUUUAGCUAGGUUUCUGCAGAAUCAGUUUGGGCUGAUGUUGCUGGCCCAGGGCUCCAGUGAGAGAAAAGAGAGGUUGCAGCGGUCCUCCUGUGGGUAAAACCAGCUCCC